UGUCCCGACAUUGACUGAGAAGAAACAAGCCGCAGUCGUGGUCCAGAAAGCAGCGCGGUUUGUCGUGGUGGGGCACCCGAGGAAGGCAUGGCGCAGCACACGCAGGAGGCACAGCAGCAGCCGCAAACCAAAUCCGCCAUCGUGGUCGCGGAGGACAAGGCAGAGCGCAAGAAGGAUCACCUCCGUGUGCUGGUGACCAACGCCACCAACCCGAUGGCGCACACCAUCGCGACAGCCGUGGCUCAGGGCUACGUGUUCGGCUACGACCAGCCCAUCAUUCUGCACCUCCUCGACGCCAAGGGUACAAUGGGCAUGCUCGAGGGACUCGUGCUCGAGCUGCUGGACUGCACUUAUCCGCUUCUGAGGCAGGUCCUGAUGACGACCGUGGAUGACUCGGCCUUCACGGGCAUCGACGCCGCCUUCCUGCUGUACGAGGCUCAAGACGCGCCCGUCAAUCAAGGGGUCCAGCUUUUCCGUCGCUAUGGCGCCGCCCUCGAGAAGUAUGCCAAGAGGUCUGUCAAGGUGGUCGUCUGCGGCUGCCAGGUUGCAAUCAACGCAUUCGCCUGCAUCCAAAGUGCACCCUCCGUAGACAGCCGCAACAUCACUGCGCUUACAAGGCUCGAGCACAACCAGAAUUUCGGCUAUCCAGUGCUUGGAGUCCUACGCUAUCGAGAUGCCUCGGGCUCCGAAUCUAUCCACUGCACCUACGUGUCGACCCGCUUCAAACGACCUCCAUACGGCAAAGAAAAUGACACAUUCCGCGAAGCAGUGUUCCACUACGCAAACCAAAGUUGUGACCUCGGCCUGGAGAAGCCGUCGGCCAAGCACGUGGUGCUCUUGCUUCCCGUGGACGAGAGCCCGUGUCCUUUCGAGACCUCCUUCUGGCAGGCGGUCUCGGCCCACGCUCACUCUGUCCUCGUGGCUCGCAAUUUAUCUGUAAAGUCUCACAAGGUUUAUUUUGCUCCCGGAUCAAAUGGUACGGUACCACCCCAGGACAUCAUCCUUGGUGAAAUGUUCUUCGACACAGCUGAAAAGUUAAAGUCCAAGAGUGCGUUGGAGUGGUCGUCGGUGGCAGCCAAUGAGAGCGCACGCAUGGCUCCUGCGGCCAAGUUGUACCUGGUGCACGUGGACAUCACAGCCAGCUGGAUCGUCCUGGGCAUCUUGGCCUGUUCCACGGUGGCCGUCGGGGCUCUUUGGGCCGGAAACACCAAGAAAAUGCUCUUCCUCACGCUGCACCGGCGCGUCAAGCCAAAGAGCGAGCCACUGCAUAACGACGACGCCGACCUGGACGUGGUGCCGGUGGCCCUGGCUGCGGGAUCGUCAUACACAUCGUUGGCGUUGGCGAGCACUUCCUCAGUGGCGGUCUCCGAGCACAAGCGCAAGCAUCAGCAUCAUCACGAGCAGCAGCAGCAGCAGCCGUUCGAUGUGCGCAGCCGCCCACGGCACGGCCACAAACGCAAACCGGCUGACGAUUUCGCCAGCUCUGACGAGGAGCUGCUGAACGAGGAUAGCUACUUUGGCGAGUGCCCUGUCGACGGCAACCUCAUCACGCUGUUCGUGCUCGCGAUAGCCGUGAACCUGCUCCUGCUGUACUACUUUUUCAGCAAGAUGUGGCCUGUACUGGUUGGCUGCAUUGCGAUCGGCGCAGUGAUGUCACUGAUCAUCAUUUUCGACUGCAUCGCUUUUCUUAUACCUUGCGCCAGCGCGAGGAUGACCAACUUGAUGUUCCCGUGCUUCGUGCGGAGCAUGGAACUGCGGCACCACAUCGUGAUAUGGUUCGCCGUGGCUAUUCCCAUCGUCUGGAUCAUAUUCCGGAAGGCCGAGCACGCCUGGAUCCUGCAGGACUUCCUGGGAUCGAGCUUCGCCAUCAACAUCCUGCGAUGCGUGCACUUUCCAAAUUUCAAGAAAGACGUGAGCGUGAUGGAAAGCGUGGCCAUGGGAGUGCAAGACUUGCCCGUACUCAUGAGGGUCCCGCACUUUUUUCCGGGGGAAUCGGCCGCCUGCAACGGAAGUGCCAUGUUCCUGGGAUACGGCGACAUUGCCGUACCAGGACUCGCCGUCGCAUACUGUCGCUCGUACGACAUCAUCGUCAAGAAAGGACUGCCCUGGUACUUCCUGCUUGCAAUAGUCUGCUACGCCGCAGGGUUGAUCAUGGCACUGACCGCAAGCAGUCUGAUGGACACUGGUCAGCCUGCGCUACUCUACCUCGUUCCUGCUAUCCUGCUGCCCGUAAUACUUCUCGCCUGGUGUCGCGGCGACCUAAAAAAUUUUUGGAACGGAGAUUUCGUUCCCAAGGAAGGCCUAAUGACCGCCCGCACAGACGUGUGCGUUUCGUCGAGCGAGCAGUUCCAGAUGAUCCAGGGCCGAGGUCUGCUCUACGUCAGCACACCUGUGUUCCCAUGGCUGGCGCUGCCAAUGCCGGUCUCGCAAAAGGCUUACAACGCCAAGUGAAAUUGAGCAAACAGCGACACGCCGGCCCGGCUUUCCUCACUUCUUCGCUUGUCUUGCUAUUUGCUUUUUUUUUUUCGAGACAGACUGCAGAGAACAAGGAAGGAAAUAAACUAGGUCACAGGAGGAAGGCCAAGCGCUUGGGCUGCGUUGGACCUCUUCCGCAGCUGGAACUCUCAUCUUGAAAGUGACGCAGGACAGCAAUAAUGGCUAUGCCUUCUGAGUGAACCAAAAUAUAGUGAACAUCAAAUUGGGACGGUGUUAUUCACCCGUCUGGCUGGCUGUUUAACUAUUGAAGUAUGCACAGGAAUAUCAACAGAUAGUCUCCUAUAAGACACUUUCUACGUGGCAUGAGACGCGGUGGCAUUCGCGACCUCAUGAACGAUAGACCACACAUUAAGCGGUAAAUAACGCAGCACGAGUCGCCUAUAAGUAGUGUAUAGGCACAUUCGCUACAUAACGAGUGCGGCAUCACGACAAUUAUUUUCAUUAUCACAUGGCAUAUGUCCUGUAUAUUUCCCUCUAUUGUCAAUAACCUUCCAAAAAUAACACCAGGGAGAAUUGUGGUUUAAACGUGAUGGGAAUAACAUUGAGUGCUAAAAAAUUAGAAGAGAGAUUAAGCUGGUAUAUUCAGUGGUAUUCGUGCAAGACGUGCUUAGAACAUGAACGUGAUUUUUUUACAACGCGAUGCAAAAAUGCUCUUCACGUGUCGUUGCUGAAGUGUAUAAAUUACAUUUCUUUUCGUAAUAAACUCCUAAAGUACACCUU